CAAGGUGUUUGCGUGGACUCCAGGUUCCGAGAUGCGCCUCGCAGCGCUUCGGAGGCGGCCGGGGCCCGUCGCUUCCUCUCGCCCGGCCAUUGUAAGCGGGGCUGGAGGGCGGCAGGCGUUGCGGCGCUGGCGGCGGCGGCGGGGCAGGAGGAGGGAAUGAGCGAGGAGGAGGCGGAGGAGCCUUGCGGGAGCGCGAGGAACUGCGGCGGCUUCCCCAGUAUAGAGCAAAUGCUGGCGUCCAACCCCGGCAAGACCCCUAUCAGCCUGCUGCAGGAGUAUGGGACGCGCAUAGGCAAAACGCCCGUCUACGACCUGCUCAAAGCCGAGGGACAAGCGCACCAGCCCAACUUUACCUUCCGCGUUACCGUCGGUGACAUCAGCUGCACUGGCCAAGGCCCUAGCAAAAAAGCAGCCAAACACAAGGCAGCGGAGGUGGCACUCAGGCUCCUGAAGGGAGGAAACAUGUUGGAGCCAGCAGCCCCAGAGGAAGCCAGCUCUCCUUUCUCUCUAGAGCCCCUGGCUCAGACCGCCACCCCAGCUGCCACCACACCUGUGCCCAUCUUGCCGGCCGCGUCUCCCAGAAGCUCCCCAUUGGACGUGAAGUCCCCAGUAUCACCGCAGCAGUCUGAAUGUAAUCCAGUCGGGGCCCUGCAGGAGCUGGUGGUGCAAAAAGGCUGGCGCCUUCCUGAAUAUACAGUCACCCAGGAAUCGGGACCAGCACACCGCAAGGAGUUCACCAUGACCUGCUGCGUCGAGCGGUUUAUUGAAAUAGGCAGUGGCACUUCAAAAAAACUGGCCAAGCGCAAUGCCGCAGCAAAGAUGCUGGUGCGGAUUCAUAAUGUGCCCCUGGACCCCCGAGAUGGCAGUGAGGCUGAAGUGGAGGAGGACCAGUUCUCUAUUACCACAGGAAACAAGUUGGACGGGGUGAAGGGCCGGGGCUCUGGCUGUACCUGGGACUCUCUGCGCAACUCAGCCGGGGAGAAGAUUCUGCACCUGAAAAGCCACCCCUUGGGAGUGCUGAAUGCUGGAUUCUGCAGCCUCUUGGAGGAACUUUCUGAAGAGCAGAGCUUUGAUAUCAGCUACCUCGAUAUUGACGAGAGGAGCUUGAGCGGCCUGUACCAGUGCCUGGUGGAGCUUUCCACGCAGCCGACCACGGUGUGCCACGGCUCAGCCGCCUCCCGCCACGCCGCCCGGUCUGAUGCUGCCCGCAAUGCCCUGCAGUACCUCAAGAUCAUGGCGGGAGGGAAGUGACGCAGCCAAACACCACCCGUGAC